AUGACCGUGAGCAAACCGGGAGUGUCGUCUGGCAUCUCGGAGAAAGACGCUGCCAUUGCCGACGUCAAUGAUUCGGUCUCUGGUGAUCAUGACUUGGACGUUGUGAAGGACUGGUCUGAUUCAGAAGAAGCUUCAGUGCGAAGACGAACCGACCUCAUUCUCAUCCCCAUCCUGGGUUUGGCGUUCUUUGCCCUGCAGAUCGAUCGCGGAAAUAUCGCGAGCGCAUUGACAUCGACCAUCACCGAAGACUUGAACAUAACGACCAACCAGAUCAAUGUCGGCACGCAAUUGCUAUCGGCAGGAAUCGUAGUGUCGGAGAUCCCUUCCAACGUCUUACUGCAGAUUGUCGGCCCGCAACGCUGGCUGUCGGCCCAACUGUUUGCCUGGGGCUUCGUAGCCACCUUUCAGGCGUUCAUCACGACCUACCCUGCCUACCUGGUUACACGUCUACUUCUGGGUCUGCUAGAAGGUGGCUUUAUUCCUGGCGCCCUUUAUUAUCUGUCCCAAUGGUACAAGAAGGGAGAGACGAGUCUUCGGACGAGUCUGUUCUUCUUCGGCCAGAUGUUUGCUUCCGCAACGUCAAACUUGAUAUCCGCAGGAUUGUUGCAGUUAUCUGGAAGGAGCGGCCUUGCCGGAUGGCAAUGGAUCUUCCUUGUGGAAGGCCUUAUCACGAUCUUUGCCGGCAUCGUGUUUGUUCUCCUGGUCCCACGCCACGCCGGAGACGGCAAGCCUCUGUUGAGUCGCAUCAGUGGAGGACGCUGGAGCUACUUCAGUGAGCGUGAGUCCCGGAUAAUUCGCCAGCGUGUGCUCCUCGACGACCCCUUGAAAAGCCAGGGACAUGUAAAAAUCACUGGCCGAAACAUUUGGGACACCAUCCGCCAGCCACGUAUCAUCCAGCAUUUCUUUAUCACCUUGCUUUCCAUUUGCACUCUACAAGGUCUGGGCACUUACGUCCCAUCGAUGAUCAAGGGUUUUGGAUUUAGCGCAGUCCAGGCAAAUGCACUGGCAUCGGUUUCGGUGUAUUGUGGCAUGAUUUUGCUACUGGCUCUGUCCUUCGCUGCUGAUAAAACUGGUCAUAGAGGGCCCUUCGUUCUCUUUGCUAUAACAUGGAAUGUGAUUGCCUUUCCUUGUUUGAGGACACUCCCCCAAAGCUCUGGCAAGUGGCACAAGUAUGGUGCCCUUGCGGUCAGUUACGUGUCAUACGCUAGUACACACGUGUUGAAUAUUGGAUGGCUUUCUGUGAACUGCAAGUCCCCCCAGGAGAGAAGCGUGGCAAUGGCGCUUAUAAUUAUGGCUGCAAAUGCGGCCGGCAUUGCUGGCUCACAAAUAUUUCGCACGGAAGAUAAGCCCCUCUAUCAUCGGGGCCUUACGGCAAUUUGUGCAAUUGCCGCUGCCUGCUGGUGCUUAACGGUCGUUCUCAACGUCCAGUAUUUCAUGUUGCAGAACCGGAGGCGAGCUGCAUAA